AUGAAAACAAAUCAAAUCCCACGCUUUUUUUGUGUUGCUGAUUUUAAUAAAGAAAAUUUUAACAAUGGCACCAAACAUCAAAGAGUACAAUCAUCCCUGGCAAUCAGAGAGAAGUCAUCAAACUCAUUCCAUACAAUGAUCCCACCUUAAAAACCAUAAUUGAAAUUGAAUGAUGAAUCUAGUAAUCGUACCAAAGAAGGAUUUCAUAGAGUCAAAACAGAUUCAAAUAUGUCUAUGCCUUUAAGAAAUGGUAGAAACCUCAGUAUCACUAGUGGGGUUACUACAUUAUUAACAAAUAAAAGCUUCUAAUUACCUAAAAAAUAUGAUAAUCCAUAGUCUGUCAAUGCAUAUAAAAAAGAAAUCGUCCAAUAUAUGAGAGAAAAAUGCUUUCGGUCCAAUUAUAAACUGAAUGCUUUAUAAUUUCAAACUGAGAUUACAGAAAAAAUGCGCAGUAUCUUACUUGAUUGGAUAGUGGAUGUUCAUUUUAAAUUCAAAUUAGAUUAGGAAACAUUAUUUUUAACUAUUUCAAUAAUUGAUAGAGUACUUGAAAUUCACUAGAUUUCAAAAUCCAAAUUUUAACUCUAUGGAGUGACUGCCUUAUUCAUAGCAUCCAAAUAUGAAGAAGUUUAUACUGUCCCUCAUGUAAGAGAUUUGGUGUAUGUUUGUGACAAUGCAUAUACAAAAGAGGAAAUCCUGGCAACUGAGGGGAAAUUACUCUCGUUAUUGGGAUUUGAUUUACUCACUACAAGUCCCCUAAGAAUGUUGAAUGCCUAUUAAGAGACAGCCAAAUUGGAUCAAAAAAAUUACAUGCUAGCAAGAUAUUUAAUAGAACUCUCUGUUUUAGAAUAUUCAAUGUUAUAAUUUUCAAACAAUGUGUUGGCCAGUGCUUCUAUCUAUCUGGUCCAUAAAAUUAGACGAAUCCAUCCCUCAUGGAAUUAGGAUUAGAUGGUACCUCUUACUGGAUUAAAUGAAUUGGACAUUAGAAUAUGUGCAAAAGAAAUGUGCAGUCUAUUGUAAAAUCAAGAUAAAAAGUAAUUUGCAUCGAUUAGGAAAAAAUUUUCUAUGCCAAAAUAUUGCGAGGUCUCAAAAAUAAGAAUAGAAAAGAAGCCUUCACAAAAUCUAUAAACCCUUCCAUAAUGA